CAUUUAAACUGAAACCAUUUCAAGGAAUGCUAACUUUAUUUCAUGACCACUUACGAUAAGAAUGAACCACUGCAAAGCCAUGAAGAUGAGUUUCUCCUUAACUUCGCUGCAGCCGCUUAGCCAUGGCUUAGAAAAGCAUGGCCAAGUGGGAAUAGCGAUAGAAAGGCCAUACAACAGUCUCACAAAAAAGCGGAAAGAUUCAAAGCAAUUCCCCAAUCAACGUUUAUGGACAAAUCGUGAAGACUGUAAAGAUGAGUUCUGGGCAGCAAUACGAUCUAACUAUGAUUAUAUUAUGGACACUAAUUUGAUAGAUAGUUGUAAGGAAGCUAAUGGUGAAUUAACAUGGGAUGAAACUGAUGUAUCCACACAAUCGUGGAGUUUUAAAGAAGUUAGUAGUCAAUUCUCAGAACUAUAUUCAUGGCUAAGAGUGCUACAAGAGUUAGUUUAUUGCAAAGAAGAAAAUUUAUUAGAUAAAAGUCUGCGUGCGGCUCACAUGGAGGAGCUGCGACGUAGGGCGUAUAGAAGAAAAUUAUUUAAUGAACAAGCUGGAAAAUUAGUGUCACGUGCCCCUGCUUUUAAAGAUGAAGUGGCGUGGCGUGUUGACCAUUUAAAUGCAAAAUGGGAAUUAGUUGAACAAAUUAUGGCACCUGUUGAGCGGCCUAUAUCAAAUCAGCAGGAUAUAUCAGCAGACUUCGAGCAUGAAGUAAAGUGUUUGAGGAAAUGGAUUCGCGAAAUGGAGUCCCGCCUUCAACCUUUGAGUUUCCAUAUAGAUUGGACAUUAGCAGAGCUUGAGGAGAAAGCAGUGGAGCAUAUGGUACUCCAACGAGACAUAGAGGCGCACGGUCGAAUCGUCAGCUCGGUCGUGAAAUUAGGUGACAAAGUAUUCAAUCAACAGCAAGAACAACAGCAGCAGGAGCAGCAGGUACAAGAGGAGGACAAGCAGGAGCAACGAGAACCGCCACAAGCCUUGCGAGUUGCGAGAUCACUGGAACGCAGGUGGCAUUUGCUCUUUCUGCGAGCCUUGGAAUGGCAGUGUCACAUCGAAACUCUUGUAUCUCGCAUAAGUAGCAAGAACGUGGUGCCUUACCGCUGCAGUAGCGACAGCGACGAGGAGCCAGUCACGAAGCAGCCUCGACUCAGUCGCAGACACUCGCGGGGUUCUGGAAGGGAAUCCCCGGGUCAGUCGGCUCGUUCGACGCGUUCGAAACGCCACAGAGCCACGAGAUCGCGAUACUACGAGGAUCCAGCCGCGAGCAGAGCUGAUCUAUCCGACACAGACGCGUCUUCUGAGAAUCGAUCUAUAGGCGACGGAUCCUACUUCGAGGAUGAACUAUGUCAGCUGUGUGUAAUGGACACAAAGUCCGAGGGAGUGGAAAAUCCCCAAGAAAUUAAUCGAAUCGCGAGCACGUUAGGCGAUCAGGGUGAAGAAGGUGACAUCGAGGAGGACGCAUUAAGUGAAGAAGAAGAAGAGGAAGAAGAAGAAGUCGACGACAUGCCACCGACACCCGACACAGUACCAAUGACAAAUUCGACGGCCAUCGUGGAGAGCUGCGAUCAAAUCGACGGCCAGCCCGGAAACGUGGAACAGCCGAAUGGCAAUCUAGCCGCUAACGAGCCGGUGAAACGUCGCAGAACAACUGAGGAGGUCGCCUCUUUUAACACGUCCGACAGGAAAUCGAAGAACUGCGCGACCUUCUACUUCCGCCACCUGGACACCGACUCCGAGCAGAACGAGGAGGCGGCGAUCGUGGCGGAGGACUCGUCGGAGGAGGAAUGGACGUACACGUCGUCGCGGACGGACAACGUGUCGACGCAACCGCGAAAAACGAACGUGCUGGUGCGUCUGGACUUCGGUGAAACCCAGCAACAACAUCCACCUCGGCGAAACGAAGACGAAGAAGACGAGGAAGACGACGAGGACGACGAAGACGAAGAAGACGACGACGACGACGUCGGGGGUAAUACGAAAACGAGCGAGAAGAAGCCUGUGAAAGAGACGCCCAAUAUGGAGGGUGUCGACGAGACUUCAAACGAAACCGACGCGUCUUCUCAACGCGAGAAAGACAGCGACGACGAAACGAGAAACGACAAGACUAGCAUCCAGAGGCUCAUUAAAGAGGUAGAGAAGUUGGUCGGGGAAGAGAGGCGUACCGGCGCGUUCAAGACGUUCCCGCAGCUAAUUCUCGACGAUAAGAAGGGUAUAACGAACAAUCAUCGCGCUAAGUACGCGAGGAUCAAGGAGUGGUUGAAGCUGAACUCCGUGCGCGGCCACGAUGGACGAUCCACGUCACAGCGCGAAUUACAGCCGUUGGAUAGCUGCGAUGCCAGCGGCGAGUACACGACAGAAGAAUCCGACGGGGAGAGGCAGUCAGUUUCAUCGGAGGAUCUACAGAGCAGCGUUGCGACGUAUCGACGAUUCGAAGGUGCACUCGGUUGCACGUCCCAGUCGGUGUCGCAAGAAAUAUACAACGAGGACGCUGAUAAAACGCCGAUCAACGAGGCACACCCGAUGCUGGACACGAGCACGCCGAAAGUCGUGAUGCGCUCCAAACAGAAAACGAACGGGCCCAGGCCGUGGAGCGUCUCCUGCAUCUCGCAAAUCGGGAACAACUCGAAUUUGAAUCAAACAAACGACCCGAUCUCGCAAUUCUCCAUCAGCGAAACCGCGCUCCACCAGUUAAUCGCUACUCCGCCCACUAAAUCCGUGUCCCUUGACGCAACAGGAUCACGGAAAUCGUUCAACAAUUCAACGUCCACGUUGCUGGAGGAGUCGAUCAUUUGCCACGACGGCCGCGUCGUUCGAAACAGUUCGCUGCGCCGGAAAAAGAGCAGGUUGCGCAAGAAGAACCUGGGUCGCAAGAGCGGUGACUCGAGUUCGGAAGGCGUGAACGUGAACAAUUCAGCGGGAAGCGACGGUAGCUCGUCGAAUCAGCAACGGUCGCCACGAAAGGUGAACGGAAGUCGCGCGAUGCGGACCAUCUCGAGGGACUGUCACGGUCGUUUGACCACGCUCGUGAAAUCUGGCUCGUUCUCCGGUUGUACCGCACACCAGCAACUCUCCGCAGAGAGGACGAUCGUCAGCGAUCCGACACCGCCGUUCAGGUUACCCUGCUGUACUUCGAUGGCUUCCACGUCCGAGACAGAGGGCGAGGAGCAGCGUAAUUGUACGCGGGGAUGUUUCGCGUACGACGACAGCCUGCUCGAUACCGUGCUGAGCAACAAGGAGCUGUGCAAUCAGCAGCUGAACGUAGACAGCGACGUCGAAAUGAACAGCCUCGGGAACAACUCGUUCUCCGAGCAGGCUUGGGAUAAUUAUCAGGAGAAGUAUAUGAGCGAGCCAUACAGCGAAGCGCCAGACGUAGAAACGGCACGAAGAUUGCUGGACUUUGGGGACGAUUACCGAAACUUCCUCGAUAGUCAGUCCGAUUGUGCAUCCAGUAUGAGCGCGGUACCCGCUAGUUCUCCGCUGCCUAGAAGUCGUAUGCAUCAUGAGAUAAUCGAUACCACGGAAGACAGCGACAGCGACGUGGAGGACAUCCGGAACGUGGUCGAGAAGUCGCAGUCACAGUUGGCACUCGCGGAAAAUUUAUUCUCGAGGUCGAACAACGGCACGAUGCCGGAUGAUUGCACUGAAGUCGAGCGCGCGUGUAGAGAAAACAUGCGAUGCCUUCACGCGUUAUUGGAGUCCGUCACCAAUUCGUUCCGCAGCGAAAAAUACGUGAAACAAAUACGUGGUAUACUGGAGAAAUGGGAGUCCCUGACGACUAGAGUAGACGAGACACAAAUGGCCACAGCGUUUCAUCGCGAAUUAGCCGCUCUGCACACGGAAUUCAAAUCAGCACACGACAGACUCUUCUCCUAUGAGAUCACUCUGGAGCAGCCACACGUGUUGGACGAGCGAAUCAAUCGAAUUACGGCCGAACUGGCUGCGUUGAGGGAUCGCAAGGCGGCGAUGCUGGCGCUGAACGUCUCGACGCACAGACUGAUCACCGAUCUCGGUAACUCCGCCUCGUUCACCUUCACCGCGCUUAAGGAUGGCGUGGCGGAUCUGUAUCGAGUCUGGGACGAGACUUUCCAAAAGGGCAAUCAACAAUUGUGCGCUCUACAGGCCGUUCAACAGUUUAGUAUACGUCUGACGGAGCUUCAGUGCGCGUUGCGGAGGGAUAAGGACACCCUUGCAGUUUUGGACGUGGCCCUACAAGCCGGAGCCACGUCGGAGGUUGCUUCGUCUGUUCGUCACGUCGCGAGGCUGUUGUCCGAGAAACAAGACAUCAGUUGUCAGAACGGGACAGUGUUGAAAGACUCGAGCACUGAGGAAGUGAGCAGUGGGGUGGCGGCGAAAUUCGGUGACUCGUCGCCGAUCAGUCUAACGCAGGAAGGCGGCUCGCUGUCCGACAGUGGGAUCUCCGACAGCGGAAGCGAGCAAGAGUUGAGCGAACGGGAGAGAAGAUUGGCCGCCCUUCGUCGACUGACCCGUAGCUUGGAGAGCCAGCUUGCGCCCGGAAGCGAGGCGCUCUCUGAACUCUGGAAACGCGUCGAAGACGCGGAAACGGAGCUCCGGGAUCUUCAGAAGCACUGUCGCGAAUUGAUCGUACGCACGGCAGCGAGCGUCGAGGCGCGAGCUGCGAAGCGAACGAGCAGCCAGGUCCAUCAUUUUGCGGACAAGCGCAAAAAGGCCACUUCAACGGAGAUGUCGAAGGGAGGUGGAAAGCGGAUCGUGGCGAUCUCGCCUAAGAAGAAGGGCGCAACAGACGGCGGAGGAGAUCCUGACAGCGAGCCUGAUCUUCCUCAGAGCUGGGUUUGGCGCAUCCUGAGGACAGCUUUGCCGUUUCAGCUGGCGUUGGUCGCUCUAUUCUGCACCGCCUGCUUGUUGGAACCUCAUUGCUGCGAGGCGACCAACACGUUGAACCUUUCGCUCACACCGCAGCUGCGCUACGUCAGAGGACCGCCACCGGUGUGAGCGUCGCGACGCCUAUUUCUCUUGGUGAAAAUGCCUGAAGCAGCGUCGCGCUCCGUGGAAAUCUCCGCGGAAGACAUCGGAGCCAAGUCGGAACCCUCAGUC